UGCAUCUUGCAUCUUGCAUCUUGCAUCUUUCUCAUCGGGUUCAGGAAUUAUAUUAAAAUCUUAAGAUGCCGGCUACAGCAGGUAGGGUUCGCAUGCCCGCGAACAAUAGGGUUCACAGUAGUGCAGCCCUUCAAACCCAUGGCAUAUGGCAGAGUGCCAUUGGGUAUGACCCUUAUGCACCAAGUAAGGAAGACAAGGAGACUUCUCAAAGUCAGCCAAAUGCAGAACCUGAUGCAGAGAAUGCAUAUGCCAGCUUCCAAGGGCUUCUACAGCUUGCUAAGAUUACCAAUGCUGAUGUGGAUGUAUCCCGUGGAGCUUGCAAGAAGUGUGGCCGUGUUGGGCACCUCAAGUUUCAAUGCAAAAACUAUGUGAAACUCAAAGAUGAAAAGGAGGAGAAGGAUCUUGAAGCAAUGCAGCCUCCGGGGUUGGUUGGAAUGGAUAAGUUGAAGGGAAAAUCUGAGAAGGGGGAUAAGAGAAGCAAAGUUGAGAGCUCAGAAGAGGAGGACGAGGAUAGUGAGAGUUCAGAUUCUGAGAUUGAUUCAGAGAUUGAGAGAGCUAUUGCUCGGAGGUCUGGGAAAAAGGUUAGUGGUAAGGGAAGUUCUUAUAGAAAGAAGGAGGACUCAGAUGAUGAUGAGUCAGACAGAGAUUCUGACCGAAAGAGGAAAAAGAGAGGUAGGGCAAAGAAGAGGAGUGCUAAGACUAAGAGGGAGGCUAGCGAUUCAGAUGAUUCCGGAGAAAGGAGGAGGAGGAAGAAAAAGAGGGAGCACAGGAGAAGCAGGAGGGACGAGUCUCCAGAUGAUAGUGAUGAAUAUAGGCACAAGAAAAGGAAGAGUAGGAAGGAGAAGACGAGAAGGAGAAGUCGUCUCUCUGAUUCUGAUUCUGAAACAUCUGAGGAUUCCACUUCCCGGCACAAGCGGAAAAGCAAGAGGACAUCAUCGUCAACUGACAGUGAUUCAAGUGAUGGAUAUAAUGGUUCAAGGAAGGGUAGGGAUAUAAAAAAAUCAGAAAAGAGGAGGAGACGUCACCAUGGAGAUGAUGAUUAGAGGAGCAAUGGCGUAAUCAAAUCAUAUGUCCUUUGAUGAUUGUAAGCUUUUAUGUAUAAUAAUAAUACACCUAUAUGCUUGUUCAAACAUUGUACCUGGUUUGCUGAACUUCAGAAUCUGGUUAUCAGUAUGGCUUGAUAUUAUUGAUUUUUCUACACUUAUGACUGGGAUAUAUGGAUGGUUGUUUUGCUUUUGUUAUGAGCUUA